GCACGUCCCCGCGUAGGUCCACUGCGCGUUCUGGUAACCACGUCGCCAUUUUGAUUCGAAAAAUAUGACUGAGUUUUUCCUGCCUUGCAUGCUAAAGUUAGCCCCGCGUUUGAAUUACUUUGUGCGUGAGUACGUAUCAUACAGUCUGUAUCCAAAAUAACAGGUAUUGCUAUUAAUGUCAAGUAGCCCUUAACGCCGGGGAACUCUUUAUUUGAUAGACUUCAAAGCAACAUUUGGCUAACGAAGCUAAGGUGAGCUAGCUAACAGUAGCCAGUGUUGUCGGAGGCUGACCCCUUCUUCAAAACAAAUCAGUAGUCGCUCACGGGCUAAUGUAUUUUAGCUAACACAGAUAGCUAAUAGUUAGCUGGAUAGCUAGUGACUUAAUAGCUGGUUGCUUGGCGCAAAACUCCCCCAACAGUCUAAUACAGACGGGAGGAACAGCGGCGGACUUUCAAUCAAAGGUUAUGGUGAGCCUCUCAGUGUCUCAUCUCCUAAAGAGGCCUGCGUUUUAAGAGGAGACCCAUGCUGAUAAAUGCCAGGCCUCGCCACACUCUCUGUCGUUUGCACAAACACAAAUGCCUGCCUGCCCGUGUGGGAGGUCUGAUUAAAGAUAUCCACAUUUCAUCCACUGGGCUGUGUCCCCCGUCCCAGCGGCAACCAUGUUUUGGAAGUUUGACCUGCACACCACCUCCCACAUUGACCAGCUGCUGGAGAGGGAGGACGUGACGCUGAGAGAACUGAUGGAGGAGGAUGACGUCCUGCAGGAGUGCAAGGCCCAAAACCGCCGAUUGCUCCUCUUCCUCUCCCAGGACCACUGCAUGCAGGAGCUAGUGAGCCUCAUCACCACAGAGCCGCCUGUUGACCUGGAGGAGAGGAGCCGCUUUAAAUUUCCCAACAUUGCUUGUGAGCUCCUGACAUCAGAUGUGUCCAUUAUAAAUGAUAAGCUGGGCGGGGACGAGUCUCUCCUUGAGAUGCUCUACCAAUUCUUGGAGCAGGACCCGCCCCUCAACCCAUUACUGGCCAGCUUCUUCAGCAAAACUAUCGGUAAUCUCAUCGCCAGGAAAACCGAACAGGUGAUUACUUUUCUAAAGAAAAAGGAAGGCUUCAUCGGUCUGGUGCUGAAACAUAUUGAUGCCUCUGCCAUGAUGGACCUGCUGCUUCGCCUCAUCAGUUGUGUGGAGCCUGCCCCUUUGAGGCAGGAGGUCCUUCAUUGGCUGAAUGAGGAGAAGUUGGUACAGAGACUCACAGAGCUCAUCCAUACUGGUAAAGAUGAGGAGAGACAAUCAAAUGCAUCCCAAACGCUUUGUGACAUCAUCCGCCUUAGUCGAGACCAGGCCAAUCAGAUGCAGGAGAAUGUGGAGGCUGACCCACUAUUGGCUGUACUAGAAUCGCAGGAGAGCGUGGCGGGGCUCCUCAAGAACUUGUUUGAGGGGGAGAGGAGUGAGGCCUCCAUCGUUAAUGGAACUCAAGUGCUACUUACCUUACUGGAGACCAGGAGGUCUGGGUUGGAAGGGCUGAUGGAUCUGUAUUCUCAGGGUUAUGAAAGGUCUUACACUGUCAACAGCAGUAUUUUAAAUGCCAUUGAGCCCCAUUUAAAGGACUUCCAGCAGCUUCUCCUGGAUCCCCCCAAGAAAAGUGCAAUAUUGACAACCGUUGGCGUUCUAGAGCAGCCACUGGGGAAUGCCCGCCUUCAUGUGGCCCGGCUGGUGGCCGCCCUACUGCAGACCAAUGCCCCCAGCAUCUGCCAGGAGCUCUGCAAUCUUGCCACCAUGGACCUACUGCUGGAUCUGUUCUUCAAAUACUCCUGGAAUAAUUUUUUGCACUUCCAAGUGGAGCUGUGUGUGGCGGCUAUCCUGAACCACCCUUCAUCAGAGGAGCGGCCCAGCCCAGGCCUCCAGAACCACGAUGGGAACCCUGCAGCGUCUAACCCUGAGGUGCAGGGGGAGGCGGUUGAGACAGACAGGACCAUUGACCCACAGACCUCCAUCCACAAUGCCCUCGUGGCACAUCUCUUCCAGAAGUGUCGAUUGGUACAGAGGAUCCUUGACGCCUGGGAGGAGAAUGAUAGAAUACAGGCUGAGGGUGGCACCAGGAGAGGCAACAUGGGUCAUCUGACCAGAAUUGCAAACAUGGUGGUCCAGAACCUGGAGAAAGGACCAGUACAGGCCCAGAUCACUGACCUUAUCAAAGAGCUGCCAGAGGACUGCAGAGGUCGCUGGGAGAGCUUCGUGGACGAGACCCUGAGAGAGACUAACAGAAGGAACACAGUAGAGCUAGUAAGCACCCACAACAUGCACUCGUCCAGUGAGGACGAUGACAUGGAGAGCCCCUUCCCCAAUGACCUGUCUCUCCAGCAGGCCUUCUCAGACUAUCAGAUCCAGCAGAUGACUGCCAACUUUGUGGAUCAGUUUGGGUUUAAUGAUGAGGAGUUCAAUGAGCAUGAUGAAAAUAUUAAUGCCACGUUUGACAGAAUUGCCGAAAUAAACUUCAAUCUAGAUGCUGAUGAUAAUAGUGCCAAUGCGGCUGCUUUUGAGGCCUGCUGUAAAGAGAGGAUACGCCAGUUUGAUGAUGCUGAGGAGGAAGAGGACAUUUGGGAGGAGAAGGAGAUCAACUAUGCAACACAAGCUAAAUCCAGAACAAGGUUUGGGGUCUCCCAAACCUCAGAUGGAAGCUCCAGGAGCAGCAUGGAGAAUGGAGGCAGGGAGCAGGACCGUGGAUCUGAAUCUGAUGAGGACGAAGACUCUGACCAGAACACGUCAGAUACAGGUCCAGGCUGGACAGCGAAUUUCAGGGACUCUGGAGGGACUGCAGGAGCCCAAACCCCAGCAGGGUGGGACAGCUCUGCCGGGGGUGGAGCAGAGACACAGGAAACAGGCUGGGCCAACUUCACUGAGUUCCAGCCUUUCUCCGGCACAGAGACUAAUCCCAGGUGCAGCUCUCCUGUGGACUCAGGCGCUGGAGACGCAGUUAAACAAGCCAAACAAAACCACGAGAAGAGUGCAGAUGUUAGUGCCUCUCCUGGUGCUCGGCCAGUUGGAGAAGGGAGGAAGGCUCCUCUCGUGGCCUCGGACAGCAGCUCCUCUGGGGGAUCUGACAGCGAGGAUGACGACAAAAAUGCUGGUGCUCCUCCUACUGCAGCCAUCACCUCGGAAACGGCUGUCGCUCCUGGCAACAAGACAGCUGACCUCAAAAGUGAGGAGAGUCCGUUGUCUCUGGAGAAACUCUCUCUGUCAGAUCCUCCAAAAACAUCAGAGCAGCAGCCGGCUGAGGAUUCACUUGUGAACACACAGACUGACAGGAAAGAGGCAACGCCACCUCCCCAAGAAGUGUCAGUCAACGGACCGGUCUGAGCGCGACUCGAAACCCAUCAGUGAUGGUGCUGCGGACUGUCGGCCUCCUCCAGAGUGACUCCCCUAAAUAACCUCACUGCAACUAUGGUGUUUUUACUGAAUCACUCUGCCAUGUUAUUGGACCUGGACACUGCCAAUCGACACCAAUAAUGAGGCGGCGGAACAUGUAAAAAAGAAAAAAAAAGAGAUAUAUGAAUAUAUAUAUAUAUAUAUAUAUA